AUGGAUGGCAACAAUAUAGAGAUGGGCCCUUUUGGGGUCAAACGACAGACCACAGUGACAAUCGAUUCAGCACGACCGGCGACUUCGAGCAAAAACAACCACCAUGCCUACAAGAAAUCCGACGUGGGCCAAAACUAUGUGCAUUCGACAGGAUCCAGUGGACGCAAAAAGCUCGACAGAAAAUUCGACUCGCUCUCAAUCCUCGCCUUGUCAGUGACGCUACUCGCCUCAUGGGAGGGAAUUGCAAGCAGUUUUUCAACCUCGCUUCUCAAUGGCGGACCUUCGUCGCUGGUCUGGGGCAUGCUUCUCUCCCUCACGGGCACAAUGGCCCUGGCCCUGUCGCUGGCCGAAAUGGCAUCUAUUUGUCCCAUUGCUGGCGCUCAAUAUCACUGGACUGCCCUGUUCGCACCACCCCAGAUUCGGCCGUUUAUCACUUGGAUGCAAGGCUGGGCCACUGUUUUCGCCUGGCAAGCUUCGACGACUAGCAUCUUCUUUCUCGUGGCCAGCCAGAUCCAGGGCAUGGUCAUCCUGAACCACCCGAAUUAUGUGCCCGCUCGUUGGCAGGGUACUUUGAUAAUGUGGCUUCUGACGUGCUUUUCAUUCUCCGUGAACGUAUGGGGAAUCCAACUGUUACCCUCGCUUCAACUGCUCGGAGGCAUUUUCCAUGUCGUCUUCUUCAUCGCACUCGGUGUUCCUCUAGUUCUGCUCGCCCGUCGGAGCACGCCGGAAUUUGUCUUUGAGACUGUGAUGAACAACGGUGGCUGGUCAAGUGACGGGAUAUCGUGGUGCCUCGGCAUGUUGACUGUUACAUAUUGUUUUCUUGGCUUUGACGGCGCCAUCCACAUGAGCGAAGAAGUUCGGAACCCCUCUAAAGUCGUACCGCGAAUCCUGGUUCAAUCGAUCGCCAUCAAUGGCACUCUAGCGUUCAGCUUCGUCCUGAUCCUGCUUUUUUGCAUCGGCGACCUACCUGCGGCCCUCAACUCACCCACUGGCCUCCCUAGUAUCGAAAUAUUCUACUCUGCAACCGGUUCUAUCAGAGCGGCAACUGUCAUGCAGUGUGGUAUCACCAUAAUCGGGCUCAUGUCAAGUAUCGGAGUCGUGGCAUCAGUGUCUCGUCUUACUUGGGCGUUUGCUCGGGACGGAGGGCUCCCAUUUUCUAACUUCUUUGCCCACAUUGAUUCUCGCUUCCACGUCCCCUUCCGCUCCAUCGGCCUUGUCUGCAUUGUUGUCAUAUUACUCUCUCUGAUCAACAUCGGCUCAUCAACCGCCCUUAGUGCCAUUUUGGCGCUCAGCACCUGCUCUCUUUACAUCUCUUACAUUAUCCCUAUUGUCCUUCUUGUCCUCCGCCGUUUUGACCAGGUUCGACAGCCUAUUCCGUGGGGUCCCUGGACGCUGGGACGUUACGGCCUGGCUGUGAACCUGUAUGCCAUCAUCUUUGGCACAUUCAUAGUCGUCUUUGUUCCGUUCCCGACGACCAUCCCUGUCACCGCAGACAAUAUGAAUUAUGCCGGUCCGGUGUUUGGUGGUAUGGCGCUGUUGCUGCUGGUUGACUGGUUCGUCCGAGGACGACGACGGUUCCAAGGCCCGUUAAAAGAGCUUUUGACGAGAAAUUCUUGA